AUGAAGAAACAACAACUCGUUAGAAAUUUAUUAUUACAUCAACAUCGGAAUAUUACUACUUCUACUUGUUCAUCAUCAGCUUCACUGAUAAGAAGAAAUAUUUUCAAAAAGAUAAUACCAGCGCAAUCAUCAUCUUUCUCUAAUUAUUGUAGCAGAAAUUUAUCAUCAUCAUCAUGGAUUAAUCAUCAUUGUCAGGAAGGAAAAGUAUCAAUUUUUAAUCUUCAUAAUGACAAUAUAACAAAAAGAUCAUUCUCCUUCUCAUCCAAAAAUCUUUCUGAUUCUAAUAACAAUAACACAUUAAGUAUUCAAGAAGAAGCAGAAUUAUUGGAAAAUUAUCAAUUUUUGGAUAAUACAUUUAAACAAAUUACCAGUUUUAUUAUGCAAAAUAGAAUUAAUCAUCCCGAUCAAACUUUUCAAGGUUCUGGAUUAUUUGAUGAAAUUUUAAAGUUAAUAUCCUAUUGCCAUCAAACAGUUCCAAGAGCUGAUUCAACCAACACUAAAUUUUACAAUUCGAGUAUUGGUAUGAAGAGUUACAUUCUCAUGAAAAAGGUUGAACUAUUGCUUUUGAAAGGUGUUAAUCAAGAAUGGUUCUCUCUCGAAGAGUUACAAAGAGCAUUCAAUCCAGAGGCAAGUGUAGAACCAUUCAGAUACUUGUAUCCUACUGGUUCCAAAGUAGAUGACACUCUUUUAUUAUUUUCCAUUUAUGAAGCACAAUUGUCCAACUCUGCUUUUGUGCCACAAAUUCAAAAUAUCAAUCUUUCUACAAAGGAAUCAUUAAUUGCUGCCUGCUUUUUUGUCUUUUUUAGAAUUAGAGGUGGUCCAGGUGAUCUCAACGAGUUGUGCAACUAUGCAGAAUCGUUAAGCUCUGCCUAUGAGAUUACUAAGAAUGCAUACACUAAUGCCAAGCAAAUUACUGAUAUGGAUACUUUGAAAAAUAAUGCUCAUCAGAAUGCAUUUUCCUACCUGGAUAGAACAUUUUCAGAGGAGGAAUUUGAUUGGUUUGAGGAUGUUGAAACAGAUAUGCCAAUACAUCUUGGAAAUUUUAUCAGAGCCAUUAAGGCUACAACCGAGUUAAAUGCCAAGUUUGACACUGUAAACAGAGAAGCCAUUUUGGAUAUCCUGGAAGAAUGUGUGAAUGCAGAACCAGAAAAUAUCUAUCUUCACUACUUGUAUGCCUACAGUGUGACUGCAACAGCCCAAACCUUACAAUACACACAAGAAAGCCAAGCCAAUGAACAUUACUUGGUAGCAAUUUCACAUUUAGAGAAGGCACUUCAGAUACUUUCAACAAUGCCAAUGCUUCCAUAUCCAAAUAUUUCCAAAAAUCAAUUUUCAGAAGUGGAGUCAAAACAACAAGUGGAGAGGAUCAAUGAUCUCAAAUUCACACCAAUUUCUCUAUUAUUGGCCCAUGUUUAUGCUAGGGCCUCAAAAACUGCUGAUUCAGUAGAGGCUAGCCAAAUGCAUGGCAACAAUGGGCUGUAUUACUCAAGCCAAACAGAACUAUAUUCGAGACAUCCAAAUAUUCCUAUUUUAUAUAUGAAUCAAGGUGUAUGUUAUCACUCUUGUGGCAUGUAUGAAUCGGCUAUUGAAGCCUAUGCUACAGUAGACCAAUAUGAUUUUGACCUUCACAACAAGAAUAUUGUUGUGGAAGCAUUUUUCGGUGCAACUAAUUGUAUGGUUGAUUUAGGACUUGCUGAUCAAUGUCUUGAAAAAAUUGAUAUUUAUAUUGAAAAGUACAAACAGGAUCCAAGAGUUUUUUUACAAAAACUUUUGUGUAAGGCCGUACUUUUAAAAUCAAAGGAUGAAUUAACACCACUUCUUGGAGAAUUUAAAGAGUUUAAAGAAAGUAUUGAAAGUUUGAAAGUUACUGAUCCAUCAGUUUACAAUUUUGUAUCUUACCAUUUGGAAUGUAUAGAGAAUUUGGCAAACGCACGAGUUGAAACUCCAAACCUGGAUAUUAAAUAAUUUUAUUAACCCAGACAAGAUGCUAAUAAACGGUAUUGCAAGCA